UCUCAUAUGGAUUCCAAAACACACCAGAAGUUGAGCUUUAAUUCUCUCAUCUUUCACGUCAAAAUGGCUCAGUCGUCCCAACAGGUGAAAAUAAUUGAGGUUUGCCGGAUCGCUCCCCCGCCAGAACUACCAGGCUCGUCAGCCCCAAAGUCUCUCCCUUUAACCUUCUUUGACAUACUGUGGCUAAGGUUACCCCCACCCCAGAGUAUUUUCUUUUACGAAAUAUCUUCUCCAAGCCAUGAACUUUUCUAUGACUCCAUUAUUCCAAAGCUCAAACACUCUCUGUCUCUCACCCUCCACCACUUCCUCCCUCUAGCAGGAAACCUCACUUGGCCCCAAAACUCCCACAAGCCCAUCCUCAACUAUGUGGACGGCGACGGAGUUUCACUUACAAUAGCCGAGUCUAACUCCGACUUCUACCAUCUCUCCGGCAACGACUUUCGAAAAGCCACCGACUACCAUCCUCUGCUGUCCUACUUGGAAAUCUCCAAGGAACGAGCCACGGUAAUGUCGCUGCAAGUCACUGUGUUUCCCAACUGUGGAAUUUCAAUAGGAUUCACUUCUCACCAUGCGGUCUUAGACGGUAGAACUUUUGCUACGUUUGUUAAGUUUUGGGCCAGAACAUGCAAAAGCGGAGCAGAAUCACCUCCCUGGAUACCUGAACUAAUCCCAUUUUACGACAGAUCAGUCAUUGAAGACCCGUGUGGAGCCGAAGAGAUUUACCUGAACGGCUGGCUAAACCAUGGCGGACCCAAUAACAGAAGCAUAAUGCCAUUGGAGCAACAAGUUCCACCCAAUUCUGUACGAGGCACCUUCGAACUCAGUCGAGAGCAGAUAGAAAAAUUGAAGAAAUCCAUGUUUGUCAAUAUUAUUGAUGAAGCAAAGCAUGGGGUUCAUGUAUCAACUUUUUCAGUAAUCUGCGGGUACACAUGGGUUUGCCUAGCCAAGGCACUCAAAAUAAAAGAAAAGGAAGCCAUGCUUGUGUUCAGCGCGGACUGCAGAAGUCGCUUGAUACCUAGUCUCCCUACCACAUACUUCGGAAACUGCUUAGAAGGUCGUUCACUUGUGGUAGAGACACAGGUCCUAUUGGGAGAAUAUGGAGUGAGUUUUGCGGUGGAGGCAAUCGGCAAAGCCGUAAAAGGAUUGGAGGACGGGGUUGUAAAUGGAGGGCUUGAAACUUGGAUUUCAAUGACCAGGGGAAUGCAGAGUAAUCAAAGAACUUUUUCCGUGGCUUCAUCGCCCCGGCUUGAGCUAUAUAAUACUGAUUUCGGUUGGGGAAACCCAAGAAAGAGUGAGGUUAUCUCUAUAGAUAGAACAGGGGCGAUCUGUCUUUCCGAUAGCAGAAGUGGCAAUGGAGGAAUUGAGAUUGGAGUGGUAAUGAAAAUGGAAGAAAUGGAAACUUUUGCUUCUUUAUUUUCUCAAGCUGUUGAAAUGCUUUGAAGCUCAAAUAUUUACAAUGAAUUUGGGUGGAAACUUUAAUUUCAUUUGGGUGGAAAUUUUUGCUUCUUUAUUUUCUCAAGGUGCUGAAGUGCUUUGAAGCUUUAAUAUUUACUUUUAGUACUUACGUUGGGUACAUUUAUUUAUUUAUUUCUGUAACUGGUGGAUCUCGAAGUCACUCGUCUUCGUGAACGUAAUAGUGAAUUAUUAUUAUUAUUAUU